AUGGGAUGUCUUGAAGAGCUAUGUAGUUGUUCCCAUCGAACGUGGAUUCGGAUACGUGAUCUCCUCCAAGAGAUUCGCCGACCGUCUUCGGGGGAAGUCCAGAAUCUGGAGAACGAGAAUCAGAGGGUCAAGGUUCUUGUGGAAGAGGCUAGAAGGAAUGUUCGGAAAUUCCUCGAUGUCUUCACGACGUGGGAGGUUAAUGCUGACAAGGCCUUGGAAGAGGCGCGAGAGCUGUUGGACGACGGAAAGGCGACCAAGACUUGCUGCUAUGGGACUCUUUCCGACCCCAAAUCUCGCUACCAGUUCAGCAGGAAGGCCGAGGGCAAGAUCGAGGUCAUUAAGCAACUCACUCAAAAAUGCAGCACAUUCAAUGGAUUGAACGACAUCUCCUUCAUCGAUCCUGCUUUCACUUAUUCUGCCUCGACGUCGAUUAAGCUUGGGGAUGAUGGCGUCUUCGAAUCCAGAGCUUUGAUGAUACGGAACAUCAUGGGCGCUCUUGCCGGCAACAGUAAUAGUGUGGUCGGGGUUUAUGGGAUGGGCGGGAUCGGCAAGUCCACCCUUUUAGUGGAUGUUGAAAGGAAAAUAAGCGAAGAGAAGUCGUUUCAUUGGGUCGCUAAGGCUGACGUGUCGGAAAAUCCAGACAUCAAGACGAUUCAAGGAGAGAUUGCGGACGCCUUGGGCCUUACUGAGAUAAAGAACAAAGAGACUAUCAGCGGGCGAGCGAAACUCCUGCACGGGAGGUUGAAAGACGAGGAGAGGGAGAAAAAGAAGGUCCUCAUAAUACUGGACAACCUGUGGGAGAGGCUCGAUUUAAACAAAGUUGGCAUUCCUUGCGGACACGACAACAGAGUCAUAGGAUGCAAGUUAUUGUUAACGUCAAGAGAUCGUAAUGUUUUGCGAAGUGAAAUGGGCUGCGACAAGGACUUCCCCUUGGUGAGCUGGAGGAGGAAGAGGCAAGAAGUUUGUUUGAGAGGCUGGUGGGAGACAAAGUUCAUGAUGACGAGUUCAAACCCUUGGUGGAUGAAGCGCUCCACAAAUGUUAUGAUCAAGCUGUUUAAAAAUGAAGGAAUUGGAGAGGUGAUAAAUGAGAGGUUGCAAUUGAGUUACAAAAAGUUAAAAGACGCAGAAAAGUCAUUGUUAGCACUCUGUGUUGCUUAUGGCACCUCUAAGCCCUCUCUUGAAUACUUGGUGAGGUAUGGUGUGGGUUGGGGGCUAUUUCGAGAAGAUGAUAACUUGGAAGAAGCUAGAGAGAGUUUGAGAUCAGGGAUUCACACUCUUCAAGCCUCCUCCCUUUUGUUAGAGGAUGGUGAUGAUUAUGGUUUCAAGAUACAUGACUUGGUUCGUGAGUUUGUUGCCUCGGUCGCUUCAAGAGAUCACCCUCUUCUUGUGUUGAAAGAUAAAGAUAAGUUAUUAAUAGAGUUGCUGAAGGACAAGCUCAAAAGUUGUAGGGCAAUAUGUUUUCCAUACGUCAACAUAAAGGAGCUUCCCAAAGAAUUGUAUUGCCCUGAAUUGCAGAUCUUUUUGUUGUUCACAAACGGUGAAUCUCUUGAGGUCCUAGAUUCAUUAUUUCACUCUAUGAGGAAACUCAUGGUCUUAGAUCUCACUGGGAUAUGUCUCACUUGCUCCCCUUCAUCGCCAUUUCAAUUCUUGGAGAACUUACACACUCUGUGUCUUGACAGUUGUUCGUUAGAUAAUGUAGUUGUUCUUGGCAAGCUGAAAGGGCUAAAAAUUCUCAGUUUUGCAAACUCCAAUAUUCAUCAAUUGCCAAGAGAAAUUGGGCAACUAGUAGACCUAAGGUUGUUAGACUUGAACCAUUGUAAACAACUUAAGAUAAUUGAACCGGGGGUACUUCAAAGCUUGAUCAAGUUGGAGGAGUUGUACAUGAAGAAUAGCUUUCACCAAUGGGAUACUAUGGACCAAACUCCACUAAUUAAUGCUAGCCUGAUUGAGUUGAAUCACAUGAAUAAUCUCCGCACCCUGCAUGUUUCCAUUCUUGAUCCAAGUGUGCUUCCAGGGGAUCUAAACCUCAAGAAAUUAAUCAAGUAUGAAAUCCGAAUAGGUAAUGUGUGGCACUGGUGGAGUGAGUGCAAAGGACCGAGGACAUUGAAGCUCAAGCUGGAUCCAUUAGGCAAUGUUCUUUGGAAAGGAUGCAUUCAAAGUAUCUUAGGCAAAAGUGACCAUCUGUGUCUAGACAAUUUGGAUAGAAAUGAGCAAAGUAUUUGUGCGUUGUCCCAAGAAGGUUUUCUAGAAUUAAAGCAUUUAGAAGUCAAGAAUAGUCCCUCUAUCCAUUACAUCCACCAAUCACCAUCCCAUACACAUUUUAAGAUGUUGGAGUCAUUACGUCUCAAUAAUCUCAUCAACUUGGAGAAAUUAUGCAACAGCCAUAUCUCCUCCAAGUCCUUUAGUACAUUGAAAGUGAUACAAGUCAAAAGGUGUGACAAGAUGGAAGUAUUGUUUCCUCUUUCGAUGGUGAGAGGACUUCCACAGCUUGAAGAGAUUAAAGUUGUUGGUUGCAAGCGAAUGCGGGGUAUCGUAGAUCCUGAUGAUGGUAGCAAAGUUGAGUUGCAUAAUUUGCGUGGAUUGGAAUUGUGUGACUUGCCAGAUAUUAAGAGCUUUUUCGCUAUAGGGACGGCUCCUUUGAGUAGCACAUUGCACGACCAAGUUGGCACUCAAAUUGCAUUCUUCAAUGAGCAACAAUUUAUUAUCUUCCUAUUACCUUAUCCGUUCAUGUCUAAAGUAAUCUUCCGUUUCACUUAA